AUGUUUCAUUCCAUUCUGAUCUCAAGAUGCCUAUUCCCAUAUAUUAAUAGUUUGAACCUAAAAGUAUUCUCAAAAUGUUGUUUUCCUUGAGGAAUAGAUAUAAAUCCGAUUUAUUAAGUCAAUCAAAUCAAACAUUCCUUUGAAUAACCAUUUCAUAAUCUUAUAGUGACAGAAAUGAAAUAGAUGAUCACACUCAAAAGAUAAGUGAAUCAAUAUCAUUAUUCAAGUUAUUAAGAAAAAAACCAUCAAUUAUUCGAUCAAAUUUCUAAGCAUCCAACUUACACUAAUUAGAUAGAGCUAUGUAGGUAUCAAACAAUACUAAUUAGAGGAGAGCCAACUUUGAUUUGA